CGUUUAAUAAUCUCUUUAACCCUAGCACCUCCAUACGCUCAAUUUCGUCGUUUCAGCAUUGAAUCUGAUCGAAGCUCGACUAUCGGCGGCGGGCAGCAGGGAUCUCAAACAUUAUCCUCUGUCGACUCUCUCUAAUGGCAGAGCUCGAGAGCAAGGUAAAACCCGAAGAAGAACAGGUCGUGAAUCCGUGGGAAGUAACUGCCAAGGACGGCGGCAAGAUCGACUACGACAAGCUAGUCGAGAAGUUCGGCUGCCAAAGGCUCAACGAAACCCUAGUCGAUCGAGUCGAGCGAUUGACCUCGCGCCCCGCUCACGUGUUCCUUCGCCGCGGGGUGUUCUUUGCUCACAGGGAUUUCAAUGAGAUUCUUGAUUUGUACGAGAAAGGUGAGAAGUUUUACUUGUACACGGGGAGAGGACCAUCCUCGGAGGCGCUGCAUUUGGGGCAUUUGGUGCCUUUCAUGUUUACCAAAUAUUUGCAGGAUGUGUUUAAGGUGCCCCUUGUCAUACAACUAACUGAUGAUGAAAAGUUCCUGUGGAAGAACCUUUCAGUGGAAGAGAGCCAACGACUAGCCCGUGAGAAUGCAAAAGACAUCAUUGCUUGUGGUUUUGACAUCACAAGGACGUUCAUCUUCUCCGAUUUUGAUUAUGUUGGUGGUGCAUUCUACCAGAACAUGGUCAGGGUAGCAAGAUGUGUCACGUAUAAUCAGGUAGUUGGAAUAUUUGGCUUCAAGAAAGAAGAUCAUAUUGGAAAAGUUAGCUUCCCACCUGUCCAGGCUGUGCCAUCAUUUCCCACUUCCUUUCCACAUCUCUUCAAGGGUAAAGACAAUCUUCGUUGUUUGAUACCUUGUGCCAUUGAUCAGGAUCCAUACUUUAGAAUGACAAGAGAUGUUGCUCCCAGGAUUGGUUAUCAAAAGCCUGCAUUGAUUGAGUCAUCAUUCUUUCCUGCCCUCCAGGGAGAAACAGGAAAAAUGUCAGCCAGCGAUCCAAAUUCUGCAAUAUACGUGACAGAUUCUGCCAAGGAGAUAAAAAAUAAGGUGAACCGGUAUGCGUUCUCUGGUGGUCAAGAUUCAAUAGAGAAGCACAGAAAAUAUGGAGCGAACCUAGAGGUAGAUAUCCCAGUCAAGUACCUUAGUUUCUUCCUUGAAGAUGACAAUGAGCUUAAUUUUAUAAAGGAGGAAUAUGGUGCUGGAAGAAUGUUAACCGGUGAAGUGAAGAAGCGGCUUAUCGAUAUUCUCUCAGAUUUAGUCGAGCGCCAUCGAAGGGCUCGAGCAGCAGUCACUGACGAGAUGGUUGAUGCAUUUAUGGCUGUGAGGCCUCUUCCCUAUAUGUUCAGCUAGGCUGCAACUCUACGGCCGAUGCGGCGAUUUUCAGUUUGGAUAGGAAAGACUCAUUUUGUGGAACGUUAACUUAUUACAUCAUUUCAAUAUAUAUAUUAUACUUCACAUUAAAUUUUGGGUUUGUUCACAGAAACCAUCUUUAACACAGUUAUUCUAUAGAAAUGGUCUUGAUUUUCAAUUUA